CAGCGGGGGGCGUGGCCUCAGGCAGCCGUCAGACGGGCUUCUCUCCGUGGACCAACACAUCCAGAGGUUCCGCUAAGAGCAUCUGGACGCUGAGACGAUCUCACCGCUGUCAGUUUGCAGAUGAUGAGGUGACCUGGCAGCCACAGCGAUGGAGGACCUUUGGUGUGUGGCUGUGGCCAUUUUCCAGCUGUGGGUGUUUGUGGUAGUGUUCUUCAUCAUGUUUCCUGCCAUGUUCGGUCUUUCUUUGGGGGUCACUGGAGUCUACAUCCAGAUUCUGGUCAAAAUAUUCGAGUGGGCUACAGUACGGAUCCAGAGGGGACGGCAGGAGCAGUCCAGCUUACCUGUCCCUCUGCAUACAGGGAUCAUAGAGCGAGCAAGUGGCUCAAUGCAGGAGCAAAUGGGGCAGCUCUGCCGCCCUCAGCCCACAGCAGCAGGGGAGUUCUGUUUGAGUGAUGCAAUGUAUUUCUGCAAGAAGGGUCUCGAGAGCAUUGUGGAUGACCAGGUGACGCAGCGAUUUUCCUCAGAGGAGUUGGCCUCGUGGAACCUCCUGACCCGCACCAACCAGAACUUCUACUACAUCAGCCUUCGUCUCACCAUCAUUUGGGGCCUUGGAGUCUUUGUGCGAUACUGCAUCCUCUUCCCCUUCAGGAUUGCUCUUGCCAUUAUUGGCCUCUCAUGGCUUGUGAUCGGAACAACCGUGGUUGGAUUUCUUCCUGAGGGCAGUGUAAAGAACUGGCUGAGUGAGCUGGUCCACCUAACCUGCUACAGGAUCUGUGCCAGAGGACUAUCUGCUACCAUCCACUACCACAACAAAGAGAACAGACCUAAGAAAGGAGGCAUAUGUGUUGCAAAUCACACCACCCCUAUCGAUGUGGUGAUUCUGGCCAAUGAUGGUUGUUACGCCAUGGUGGGGCAGAUUCACGGAGGUCUGAUGGGGGUCCUUCAGAGAUCCAUGGUCAGGUCCUGCCCCCAUGUCUGGUUCGAGAGGUCAGAGAUGAAAGACCGGCACACUGUGACCAGCAGGCUGAGAGAUCACAUUGCUGCAAAGACCAAACUUCCCAUCCUCAUAUUUCCUGAAGGAACAUGUGUCAACAACACCUCGGUCAUGAUGUUCAAAAAGGGAAGCUUUGAAAUUGAAGGAACAAUUUAUCCAGUUGCAAUUAAGUACGACCCUCGACUUGGGGAUGCUUUCUGGAACAGCAGCAAAUACAACAUGGUUAGCUACCUACUACGCAUGAUGACCAGCUGGGCCAUAGUCGUCAAUGUGUGGUAUCUCCCUCCUAUGACCAUACAGGAUGGAGAGGAUGCAGCUCAGUUUGCCAACAGAGUCAAAUCUGCCAUUGCUCAUCAAGGAGGACUGUUGGACCUGGCAUGGGAUGGAGAACUGAAGAGAGGGAAAGUGAAGGAUUCAUUGAAGGAGGAGCAACAGAAGAUAUACAGCAAGAUCAUAGUGGGACAAAACGGCAUUGCUCCCCCAGAAACACGUAGUCAACGCAAAGAUGAUCAAUAAUCAUCUUCCAGUGAGGAACUUGUGAUCAGGUCUUUGCUUGGAAACUGAUGAAGCAUCAGAAGCACCAGCUGACUGUUCCUGCACGGAGAGCUUCACCUCAUGUGUUUAUAUAUUUAAUAAGUCUUUUAUUUUCAUUAAGCGCUUUGUGUGUGUCUGUGUGUGUGUGUGUGUGUGCAUGUAGCAACGCCCGUCCACCAGCAGGGAGCAGUGUGUGAUCACAUUGCCUUUUAGUUUUGCUCCUCCCAGGACCAGAGGACAUGUGCCGUUUCUGUUAUUGACAGUGUCACCACAGCAACGGUGUUCAUUAUGUGUGUGAAUGUUGGAUGUUGUUUUUAUGGAGCUUUAGUUAUAGGACAGAAAAUAAAAAUCAUAUUUCAUAUAACAUCAAGAAAGUUCACUGAAAGAAUCCAGA